AUGCAGUUUCUCCUACUACUCGGUGUCGGCCAGCUCGCCGCGGCGGGUGCCCUCUGGGCUACCACACCUGCUGAUGCUUCCGACAUCAUACGGCAAGCCUACCCCUUAGGUAACGGCCGACUUGGCGUUAUGCCAUUCGGUGAAGCUGGCUCGGAGAAGCUCAAUUUGAACAUCGAUACGCUCUGGUCAGGUGGUCCCUUUGAGCUUGAGGGCUACAAUGGUGGGAAUCCUAACGGUAGCAUGGUGGAUACCUUGAACGACAUCCGGAGUAGUAUCUGGUUCAACGGCACUGGAAAUGACACGCAGCUUUUCGGUGACAUCUCCGGCUAUGGUAGCUUCAAAGCGGCGGGAAACCUGUCCGUGUUCAUUGACGGUAUUGAUGCGACGAGUGGUUCAUACAACAGAUCGCUGGACCUAUUUUCUGGCUUGCAUACGACGACCUAUGAAUUCAAUGACACGACGAUCACGACUACCGUGUAUUGCAGCUACCCAGACCAGGUCUGUGUCUACAGCGUCGCCUCUUCACAAACGCUGCCUCAAGUGUCCAUAUUACUCGAAAACCAGGUUACCAGUAACCCAGACGGUCUUAAUCUGACCUGUGGUUCCGACUACGCGCGUCUGACCGGCUUGACGCAGAACAGCGAUCCAGUGGGAAUGAAAUUGGACAUCAUUGCUCGGAGCAGUACCAGCGGCGUCUGUGAUAGCUCAAGUGGAACUCUUGUUGUCUCUGCGAGCAAUAGCACAAGCCUAACAAUAGUCAUUGGAGCAGGAACAGACUACGACCAAACGAAAGGUACGAGUGUCGAGAACUACUCGUUCAGGGGCGAUGAUCCAUCGUCCUAUGUGGAAGAGGUCACAGCAGCAGCUAUCAAGAUACCCGAGCCAGACCUUCGAAGCGCCCACAUCUCCGACUACAGCAGCCUGAGCGGGGCGUUUACCUUGAACCUACCAGAUACCCAGGGGUCUACUAGGACCGAGCUUGCUAAGGUCAUGGACGGCUAUAACUCCAGUCUUACCGAGGGUAAUCCUUUUCUGGAGAAACUGAUGUUUGAUUAUGGCCGUCAUCUGCUCAUCUCCUCAUCUCGAGCCAACAGUCUUCCGCCUAAUCUGCAGGGUGUAUGGUCAGAGCAAGACAGUGCCGCCUGGUCGGGCGACUACCACGCCAACAUCAACCUGCAGAUGAACAUGUGGCCAGCUGAACAGACGGGUCUGGGCGACGUGCUUGUCUCGGUAUGGAAUAUGAUGUCGAAUACAUGGGUUCCUCGUGGCACCGAGACGGCUGAGCUUCUUUACGGCGCUGAUGGGUGGGUGACUCACAACGAGAUGAAUAUCUUCGGACAUACCGGAAUGAAAGACUGGCCUACCUCCUCCGACUACGCCAUCGCUCCGGCCUGGAUGAUGCAGCAUGUAUGGGACCACUUCGACUAUUCGCAAGACGUCGACUGGUGGCAGCAACAGGGAUGGCCGCUCCUCAAAGGAACAGCCGAGUUCUGGUUAUCCCAACUCCAAGCCGAUGCAUACUACAACGACAGCUCACUUGUUGUGAAUCCUUGCACGUCCCCAGAGCACGGCCCUGUGACAUUUGCUUGCGCUCACUGGCAGCAGCUCAUCUACCAGGUCUUUGAGAGUACACUCGCUGGCGGCGACGCAGCAGGCGAGACCGAUGAAGCGUUCUUGGCCGACGUAACCACGAAGCUGGCCGCUUUGGACAAGGGGCUGCACAUCGGGACCCACGGAGAAAUCAAAGAAUGGAAAGCGCCCGAGUCCGUUUACGAAGACUCCGAGAUAUACCAGCAUCGCCAUCUCAGCCACCUGGUCGGUUGGUACCCCGGAUGGUCCAUCCCCUCGUUCCAGGGGGGUUACACAAACGAGACGAUCCAGCGAGCAGUGAACAUCACGCUCACUGACCGCGGGACCGGCCACGCGGAUGGGGAUGCGGGCUGGUCCAAGGCGUGGCGAUCCGCCUGCUGGGCUCGUCUGAAUAACAGCGACGAGGCUUAUUACGAGUUCAGGUACACGAUCGAUGAGAACUUUGGCAGCAACGGCCUUUCGAUGUAUACCGGCGACGGCACCACUGAGCCGAGCCCGCCAUUCCAGAUUGAUGCGAACUUUGGAAUUGUUGGCGCUGUGCUCAGUAUGCUUGUGGUGGACAUGCCGCUUGCGAGCGGUAGCCAGGAAGAGCGUACUGUGGUGCUUGGCCCUGCUAUACCUGCAGCUUGGGCGGGUGGCAGUGUUCAGGGGCUCCGGAUCCGUGGUGGAGGUAGUGUGGGCUUCUCUUGGGACGAGCGGGGCGUUGUUAAUAAUGUGUCUGCGAAGGGUCUCAGUGAGAAUGUUCGGCUCGUCAACGUGGAGGGGCUGAUGUUUGAUUAA